AUGGCUUCCAAGAUUGUUUCUGUCCACGCACGCCAAAUCCUCGACUCCAGAGGUAACCCUACCGUGGAGGUGGAUCUGUCGACGGAGCAAGGAUGCUUCAGAGCAGCCGUGCCUUCUGGUGCCUCUACUGGUAUCUACGAGGCUCUCGAACUCCGUGAUGGCGACAAGACUACCUACCUUGGUAAGGGUGUGUUAAAGGCUAUUAACAACGUUAACACCAUUAUUGCCCCCGCUCUGAUCGGCAAGGACGCUGUUGACCAGACAGGCUUGGACAAGCUCAUGGUUGAGACGCUCGAUGGCACUCAGAACGAGUGGGGCUGGUGCAAACAGAAGUUGGGCGCCAAUGCCAUCCUUGCAUGCUCCAUGGCCAUCGCCAGAGCUGGUGCUGCGGCUAACAAGAUGCCCCUCUACAAGUAUGUCGCUAAGCUAGCGGGCAAGGAUACCGAGAAGUUUGUUCUCCCCGUCCCUGCGAUGAACGUCAUCAACGGAGGAUCUCACGCCGGAAACAAGCUUGCCAUGCAGGAGUUCAUGAUCCUUCCCGUUGGAGCCACCUCAUUCUCUCAGGCUAUCCAGAUGGGUGCUGAGGUGUACCACAACCUGAAGAGCAUCAUCAAAAAGCAGUACGGAAUGGACGCCACAAACGUUGGAGAUGAAGGCGGCUUCGCACCCUCCAUCCAGGACAACUUCGAGGCGCUCAACCUUCUCGUUGAGGCCAUCAAGGCCGCGGGCCACGACGGGAAGAUAAAGAUUGGCACUGAUAUUGCCGCUUCCGAGUUCUUCAAGGAGGGUGGUUUGUACGACUUGGACUUCAAGAACAAGGAUUCCGACAAAUCGAAGUGGCUGAAGGGUGAGGAGCUGGUUAAGGUGUAUCUGGAGUUCGUUGACAAGUACCCUAUGGUGUCCAUCGAGGAUCCUUUCGACCAGGACGAUGUUGCUGCCUGGGCCAACAUGGAGAAGCAGAUUGGCAGCAAGAUCCAGAUUGUCGGCGAUGACCUUCUUGUGACCAACCCCAAGCGUAUCGCCUGGGCGAAGGAGCACGAAGCUUGCAAUGCCCUCCUGCUUAAGGUGAACCAAAUCGGAUCCGUAAGCGAGUCCAUUGAAGCCGUGAAGCUUGCCCAGUCAUACGGCUGGGGUGUCAUGGUCUCCCAUAGAUCUGGUGAGACUGAAGAUACUUUCAUCGCUGACCUCGUCGUUGGUCUCGGAACAGGCCAGAUAAAGACUGGUGCCCCUUGCAGAUCUGAGAGACUUGCGAAGUACAACCAGAUUAUGAGAAUCGAAGAGGAACUGGCCGACAACGGAUCUUUCGCCGGUGAGAAAUUCAGGAACCCGUCGAAAUAG